UUUUAUUUUAUAUGCUCUAUGAAUUUAAUAAAUAUAAAAUAGUCGCAAUUAUAAAAGGUAACCAUGGUACUUCCUCUAAUUAUAUCUCGAGUUGAUAAUAUCAUGGUCGACGCGAUUUUUUAUUUAUAAGCUUCCGCUUUUGUUGUAUCAUGAAGCCAGGAAAAAGUUCGGAAUCACGAGAAGAAAUAGCUGAAGUCCACACUACUGCCCGGUCUCCGUCUCCAAAGCACAAAGGUAAAACUAGAUCACGCAGUAGAUCCGGUUCCCGAAAGUUAUCAAACGGUCAUGCUUCUACUGAAUCAGGAGAGAAUCAGGUGGACCAAGUUUCUGAAAAGGCAAAAAUAAGAGAGAACUGGACAAAAUCUGAACAAGAAUCAUUGGACACUGAGUUACCGAUUCAUGAUCAAAUUAAAAGGGGUAUACUAGGCUUUGUGGAGAAGGAGAUAAAGAAAACUGACAAACCACCAUCUUUUGUUUUUUAUUCACAUGAUCCCAAUGGACAAGAGGAUAAAUUUAUGAAGAAUCUGUCAAGACCAUCAAGUAGUCAUAGAGAGAAGCGUAGUCCAUCCUAUAGAAAGAAGAAAAGGCAUUCCUCAAGGCAUAGAGACAAAGAUUUGCAUGAUUUUGAAGUGCCUGGUUCAAGUCUUAUUGCUUUAGAAAAGGUUGAUGAUUAUCUCAAAGAAUAUAAUAAAGAUGAAGUUGUUACAUUGAGUGGCGAAUUAGAUAUAGAAGCUCAUGAUGUUGAGAAUAAUAAUGGGUCAAGUAGAGAGUUACGUCAUAAAUCAAAAAAGACCAGACGAAAACCUAGGGAAGAAAGGCAUGAUAAUUCUAAUGGGAGAAAUGUCAGUCCAAAGGUUUUUAAGACUGCUAGUAAAAGUAAAUCAAGUAAACCUGCGCGUCCUGCAGACCUAACUACAAUGCUUGAAAGCAUUCAAGCCAGCGUCCCGUACCAUGAUCAAUACAUAGACAAUCCAUUCUCGUCACCAUCGCCGCUGACUUCACCAAAUGAUGAAAGGUUAGGUCUCUCUCGUAGGCCCGAAAAGAUUUAUCUUCAAGGAGGUGGAUCAUUCAGAGUUGUAUCUAGAGAAAGGAUAAUGGAGUCUCAACAAUCUAAAGAGGAGGAGCGAUAUGCUAGACUAGGUGAUCCAACUCCACUGGAUGUAGCACUAACAGUCCAAAAAGCAUGGCGUGCCUUUGCCAGUGCCUGUCAUGGAGUGCUUGGAGGGCUAUCUCUGAUGCAUUUGCUCCUCAUCAGCUAUUCGGACAGUCUGGAUGCUGGGCAUUUAUCAUUCCAUGCCGUAGUCACAAUGCCAUAUGUCGCGGCAUAUUAUUUCUUCUGUGUUCUCUGCUUGGUGUCUGUUUUGGAUCGUCUAGAUAUAACGAAUUUAGACACCACCCGUGGCUUGCAGCCUUGGUUCCAGCCAAUCGUAUUAGUGAUCUUGUACAGUGCUUGUCUCCUGGUCUGUUCUGUUGCAAGGAUCUAUGAUGAGCUGAUGGUCUACCAGUAUGCUCCACUGGUGGCGAAUAUUACUGGAAAUGUGACUAUGCCAACAAUACCAACGUUUUACCACACAUGGACACACUUCUCAAUAUGGCGAGCGGUUCUUUCCAUACUCGGCCUCGUCUAUUUUGUUAUAUCGGGCCCUCAAGAUAUGGUUUAUCACAAUCUUCAACAAUUAUUACAAUUCAAACUCUCCUUGCAAAGUAUCGGUUGAUUUAUGUUUAAGAUAUUUAUAGAACAAAUAUCCGUAUUUUUUUUAACGUAUGGCUAUGGAUAAUUCUAUUUUGAAAGAUAUGUUUAAGAAAUGAUUCAGAGAUUUGAAAAUACAUUCUAGUAUUUGGUAUAAUUUAUAACAUAAGUAAUGUUUAUUAAAUUAUUUUAAUUUAUCUGAGUUGAUAGCGUGACUUUAUAAUAAUGAAUAAAAUAAUAUGCUGGUGCUAAUUCAGAUGAAUUAGAAUGUUUUAAUUUUUUAUCAAGUUUUGUGGCACAGAAUGUCCAUGGACCAUUAUAAGUUUGUAGAUCUCUAAAUAGCAUCUAUUCAUAUUUAUUAUAUACGUCCAAAUUGCAAUAAUGCUUGUAUGUUAAUAUCAUCUCAUGCCAAAGAUAUCAAAAUAUUAUUUACAUAUAUAAGGUAUUAAGAUAGCUAAAAUAAUAUGCAAUAUUAAUUAGAAAUAUUGAUUUAAUUUUAAGAUUUAUUAUCACAAAAAUUGUUCUAGUCAUACCAACUGACGCUAAAACUAUAUCUAAAUAUAGUUCUAACUUCUAAUUGUUAUCAAAUGUUUGGUCUUUGUUCUUCUAUCACCUAUAAAUAAACAAGACAAAUUAACAAAUUGUCUUGUGUUGGGAAUCUUAAAUGAGGACGGAAAGUCUAAAGUUAUAUUGCCCCAAAUAUAAUUCCGUUCUAUAAGUUUACAUUUAAUGGGCAGUGUUAGCAUAUAUAAUUAAAUAAAUUCUUUUUCUAAUUCCGAUAAUAUUUAGGUCCAAAUCUAGUCAUUUCCUGGCUGUAUUGUCUACACUAAGUAACAAUAUUUAAUAAUAUUGGGUAAUUAAACCUAAAUCGUAUAGGCCUUUAAAUUACCUUUCAACCACUUAUCACAGUUCUAUAAUGUAAUGGCUGACACAGUGUUAUAUCUUGAAAUUAGUUGCAAGCAUUCAAAUAUCACUUAUAUUAAUUAUUAUUCAUACAGAUGUGCCUGAUUUUUAUUAUAAUCUAUUCUAGUCAUUAUUUCCAGUAUUAUUUAGACUGAAUAAUUUUAUUUUUGACAUGAAAAGAAUAUUUAAAUUGUAUGCUGUAAAUAAUUCUUCAUUACUACACUAGAUCUACUAACUAAUUCAUAUUACCUUAGAUUAAAUUUAAAAUAUUUAAAUAUAUUUUUAGUUAAUAAGCUAAGCAUUUCGUAUAUGCAACAAAUGCACAGAUUUAGA